GACGUCACUUCCCCCCACUGUUCAUUCACUGGUCUGUAAUCUGUUAUGUGUGUAUUUUUAACGAUUGCCUUUUAACACUCCUCGAGUUUUGUCCUACCAGAGCCGAACUUUCAGAUGGAGAAUUCAGAGACGAAUAUUUCAUCGAGGUCCCUUUCACUUCCGGACAGAGGCAUGUCGAGACCCUCGAGCUCUUCCAACCAGCCGUCAGAAGCGCCGAGAUCUUCCAAAAACAAGGAGCACCCAUCCAGGUCACCGAGGAGACGACGGGAGGGGAAACGGUCUCAGCGGCGGGGGGACGAUCACGAACAGCUGCUGUGGGAGAUGGAGCGCCGCAGGUUGCCAGGCCAACACGAGCACUUGGAGCCCUCUGGUUCGUCGUGCGACGCAGCGGAAAGCUCUCCUAAGAGAAGAGCCCACUUCCUACAUGGACCGUAUCCAGCCACUCACUUUGGACCCAAAGCCUGCAUUCUUCCCAACCCAACCUCUGUGAUGCACAUCCAGGACCCCGCCAGCCAGAGGCUCACCUGGAACAAACCUCCGGUCAACGUUCUCGUCAUCCGGAAGAUCAGAGACGACAGCCUGGUCGAGCCUUUCAAAGAGCUCUGCAGCUUUCUGGUGGAGGAGAAGCAGAUGAUGGUGUACGUGGAGCGCAGAGUCGCCGACGAUGUCACGCUGUCGAAGGACGAGGCCUUCGGCUCCAUCCGCAAUCAGCUCUGCACCUUCAGAGAGGGGUACGAUGAUAUCUCUGACUGCAUCGACCUCAUCAUCUGUCUGGGGGGUGAUGGGACUUUGCUCUACGCCUCCUCUCUUUUCCAGGGCAGCGUCCCACCGGUUAUGGCCUUCCACCUGGGCUCCUUAGGAUUUCUGACCCCCUUCAAGUUCGAGUCCUACAAGACUGAAGUCACCAAAGUGCUGGAAGGCAACGCGGCCAUCACCCUGCGCAGCCGCCUGAAGGUGAAGGUGGUGAAGGACAUGCUUCAGAGGACCGGACAGCAGCCCGGCAGCAGGGACGCCCAGCUGGAGUCUAACGGACUCCUCCCUCACGGACACACCAACAGCGAAGCCGGCAAGGUGACCCUGCAGCUGCAGGUGCUGAAUGAAGUGGUGGUGGAUCGAGGCCCGUCCUCCUACUUGUCCAACGUGGACCUGUACCUGGAUGGACGUCUCAUUACUUCAGUGCAGGGAGACGGUGUGAUCGUGUCCACGCCCACGGGGAGCACGGCGUACGCAGCUGCAGCAGGAGCCUCCAUGAUCCACCCUAACGUCCCCGCCAUCAUGGUCACGCCCAUCUGUCCACACUCACUCUCAUUCAGGCCCAUCGUGGUCCCUGCUGGAGUGGAACUAAUGAUCACCUUGUCUCCUGACGCAAGAAACAACGUCUGGGUGUCGUUUGACGGCAGGAGGAGACAAGAGAUCCAACAUGGAGACUGUAUUAAGAUCACCACGUCUUGUUACCCGGUUCCGUCCAUCUGUUGCCACGACCUGGUGUACGACUGGUUUGAGAGCCUGGCUCAGUGUUUGCACUGGAACGUCCGUAAGAAGCAGGCUCGGCUCACUGACGUGUCCGACUCGUCAGACACGGAAAACUGAAGCCUCACCUGCGUUUUUUUGUUUUCCCCCCAUUAUUAAGAUGUUCGGGGGAUCCAGUUUGUUCAGAAAUGAGAUGAAGAUCGGACUGUGAUGGAGUCAAGUCAGCACAUAAUCACUUGUUUAAAGAGCUCGUUACACGUGUUUUAUGGACUAAAUGCAGAAAAAGCAUGUUUCUCCUGCAGAGAAAAAUAAUAAUGCAUAGUGAACCCAUAGCUUUUCAUCAUUAACCUGUAGGCUGCAUCACUUUCAUCACAUCAGGGCUUUUAAAUAGGAAAAACAUUACGUGACUUGCUCAAAUUAAAAGCGAAACCAAUUCCGACCAAUCUCAAAUCAGUCCUCAAAUGUAAAUUUGUACAUAAAGGAUUUGAGUAAAUUUAUUUGUUAUAUUUAUGUGAUGUAUUUAUUUUCAAAAUAGUUGAAAAUGUUUCUAAUUAGACGGCUGUAAUUGUUUUCUGCUGUAUAUUUUGUGAAAUUUAGACCCUUUUUGUUAGCUAAAGCUUCAGCCUUAAAGCUGAAUUCAGAUCACAUGUAGCAGAAAUCAUGACUGAGAAACUCAAAAAGACUGAAAAUAAAGCGUAACUCUUCAGAUUAUAGUUUGUUUUUGGCAGUGGGGUGUUGUCAAACCGAACACGCAGCAGUGAAAUUCUAACAGAACUUGCAGUUAAACUCACAACUUGAGUGCUGUUGUAGAUAACCUGCAAGGUAAGUGAUUUCAUCCAGCAAUAAAAUAAAAUAAGUCUGAACAGAAAGGCGCUUUCUAGGUUUUUAUUGCAAUGAUAACAUACAGAUAUAUUCCAGACAGUUUCAGUAAAUUACAGUCCAAUAACGCAGGAGACAGUCUUCAGAAUAUCGACUCGGUGAUCAAAAAGGACACAGUUCUCCACCAGAGAGAAAACAUGGAAGUUUUUUAUAUAUAUAUAUAAUUUUUUUUUCAUUUUUUCCCCCCCAGAAAUGUGCGAAGAGAAGCAGCAGCAGAGAGUAAUACUACGACACACAACAGACCGAUACUGUGCAACAGUCAGGAACAACUGGGAGAAGUGAUUUCAGUCUUUUUGUCUAAAUUGCUUUCUGGAGUAAAGUGAGACGAGACUUGAGUUUGUUACAGAGAUAAAAACUAACAAAAAUAACACAAAAAGACGAGGUGACAUGCAAGGAAGUCAGACAGCUACGAACUUAAGUUACAGUAAAAGGAGAAAAACUAAAAAUGGUCUGAGUGACAUGAAGAACAAAACGCUAAAACGAUGAGACGGCGUCACAAACCAUGUUUUUUCUAACUUCAGGUUAAUAAUUGACAGCCGUUAGUGAGAGAAAAGCAGGUGUGGCGACGCACAACCAACCACAACAGUUAAUAAUGGAAAACAUAGAAAUGUAUUUUUUUAAUCCCAGAUGCUUCAAAUAAUUGUUAAUCUCAUGAAAACAAAAAUAAACUCUGGGGAAGAAUCCUCCUCCUCCUGACACCAACAGGUUUUCUUCAGUUUCUUUUUGAGUAUUUUCUGCAUAUAUCUGAUACAACAAAAGAACUCAUAUAUAAAUGAUACAUCUGUAUGUUUUAUAUUUAAAUAUAAUCCUCGCUAUGAUUAAAAAGGCGCAUCUAAAACAUGUCUACUUUGAAGAUGAGGUGAGGGGAAACAGCUUGGACCUCGAUAACCGGACCACGGCUUCAGCUGAUCAGCGAGUGGAGCUGAAUUUAAAAAAAAAAAAAAAA